AUGUCUGAUGAUGGGAAACUCAAAUACUUUCUAGGAAUCAAAGUUGACUACAACGCAGAAGGAAUGCUCUUGUCACAGUCGGCUUACGCAAAAGAGAUAUUGGUCCGAGCGUCGAUGCAAAACUGCAACCCUGUAAGUACUCCAGUUGAUCUAAAGUCAAAGCUAUCUCAAGACAGUGGAGACAGAGUCGCUGAUCCAACCCUCUACCGAAGUCUAGCCGGUGCUCUGCAGUACCUCACACUCACGCGCCCAGACCUUCAAUAUGCAGUGCAGCAGCUCUGCCUGUUCAUGCAUGAUCCUCGCGUCUCACAUCUCAAUGCUAUGAAACGAGUACUACGCUACGUCAAGGGAACUAUCACCGACGGUCUACAGCUAUACAAAUCCAGCAAAAACACUCUCACGGCCUACACUGAUGCGGACUGGGCAGGUUGUCCGGAUACUCGUCGCUCCACAUCUGGUUACUGUGUCUUCUUAGGCAGUAACCUCGUUUCUUGGUCUUCAAAGCGACAAGAUACAGUUUCACGUUCAAGCGCCGAGGCUGAGUACAAAGGUGUUGCAAAUGUUGUAGCUGAAACUUGUUGGAUAAGGAACCUUCUUCUCGAACUCAAAUGUCCUAUCUCCACUGCAACUCUGGUGUAUUGUGAUAAUAUCAGUGCCGUAUACCUAUCCACAAAUCCCGUCAAGUACCAACGAACCAAACAUGUGGAAAUAGAUAUCCAUUUUGUACGUGAGAAGGUUGCCAUGGGUCAAGUACGAGUCCUUCAUGUUUCAUCCUCAUCUCAGUUUGCAGAAUUUUUCACUAAAGGUCUUUCUACACUGAUCUUCAAUGACUUCAAAACCAGUCUUUCCGUUAGAAGACCCAACGAUAAGACUGAGGGAGGGUGA